UAAUGCCCAUCACUAAUCCUAAUUCCAUAAGAUUGUCUGGCAUGACGUCGUGUCGCUUAUUGUGUUUUAUUUUGAAUUUGAAAUUUAAUUCCACAAAGUGGAGGAACUGAUUCGAUUGUACAUUAAUGGAAUUUUCUUCACGAUUGCACUGAAGCGUUAUGCUAUUGACAGAGUACUAGGUCACAUAAUGUGAAAGUUCAACGUGUUUGUGUAAUACCAGUUAUCGGCACUGUGAAUAACUUAUAUCCCAAUUAUAGAUAAGUUAUAUGUUUGUUUGAACCAAAGGGUUACUCUUUGCUUCAACUUUCAUUUUUCAACUUAAUCAAAUCACAAAGAAAUGUGGAGCUUUGUAUUAUUGGGGAUUUUAUUAAUCCUAUUAAUAAUCAGAUAUUACUUUUUAUAUUACAAUUAUUGGUGUGAACGAGGUGUUACAGCAGUUAACCCAAUUUAUACGUUUUACAAUUUUACUGAACUUGUUUUUAUGGUUACUCCAAGAUUCAGUAACUUAAAGGACAUUUAUUUUAAACAUCAAGAUAAGAGCUCUAUUGGUUAGUGUGGUGAUACCAUUGUUUAAAUAAGUACAUUGUUCAUAUAAGGAGAUAAUUCACAUGAAUGCGUAAUUUAUACGCAUGUGCCACACUGCUAUAUGUAGGUCUAUUCCAAUAUUUUCGUCCAAUUUUGAUGGUACACGAUUUGGAUCUAAUCAAGAAGAUUACUAUAACCGAUUUUGAGUCAUUUACCAACCACAAUAUCUACCCCAACGUUUUGUGUGCAGAUAAACUAUUUCAAAAAAAUGUUUUUUCGAUGGCAGCCAAAGACGGUUGGUAUGAGCUUAGAGGAGCAUUAACACCUUUCUUUACUGGUAGUAAACUUCGACGGUGGUAUUCGCUAAUGCAAGUGUGCUCAACACAAAUUUUGGAUUACUUAAACAGUUGUGAGAGGACAGAUUAUGUAGAUGUGAGAGAUCUAUUUGAAAGAUAUUCAAACGAUGUGAUUGGUAGUGCAACUCUGGGGGUGUCCUGCAAUUCAGUACUAGACAGAGAUAAUGCCUUUUUUCAUGGAUGUAAAUCUUUAGCCGAUUUUUCGGGAAUGAAAGGAAUUACUUACGUUGUCUACUCUUUAUACCCUCGGUUACUGAAGAUCAUAGCUCCAAGCUUAUUAAAGUCGAAAAUGACAAACUUCUUCCUUCAACUAAUCAGAGAGAAUAUGCUUUACCGCUUAGAAAGCAAUAUUGUACGAGACGACAUCGUUGGCUUGCUUAGUAAGUACGUACAGUCUGGCAGGAAAGAAACAAGUUUAAAUGCUGGGGGGGUUUGCGAUAUGACUAUAGAGGAAGUAACUGCUGGCGCUGGUACAUUUCUAAUAGCCGGAUUCCAAACCGUGGCUUACACAAUAACUACUGCCGCAUACGAGUUGGCUCUCAAUCCCGAAAUCCAAGAGAAGGUUUGUACCGAAAUAGAAGAGGUAUUAAAUGAGUACAAUGGUGAACUUACCUUUGAAGCCAUAAACUCGAUGAACUACAUAGAGAACGUCAUUUUUGAAGCUCUUCGAAUCCAUCUGGUUUUUAGUAUUAUCGAUAGAAGAUGUACGAAAAAUUACACCAUUGAACCGGUACAUCCAGGCGAAAAACCUGUACAUCUAAAGGAAGGCGACUGUGUCUGGAUUCCUGCAGGUCCAAUCCAUCACGACCCAAAACAUUAUCCAAAUCCGCAAAAGUUUGAUCCCGAUCGAUUUGGGAAAAACAAACCAUUUUCGUUGAUGCCUUUUGGUAUAGGACCUAAGAGCUGCCUAGGAGUAAGAUUCGCUAUGCUGGAGUGUAAGUUAAUAUUGGUAGAGAUUUUGAGAUCAUUCGACAUCGUGCCGGUUAAGAAAACGAUCAGUAGCCUACCGACAUUUAAAGACACGUCAUUUGGAUUGAGCCGUAAAACUUUAAGUACUAAUUUUAAAUAAAAAUGCAGCCAGAGAAAGAUGUAUAUGUAUCUCAUGUUGCGAACAAUAUGCUCGCCAAGCCGGUCCUAUCCACACCUGAUAUGGGAAAAGGAAUUCACGGCUUUAUUGGUAGAACAAGGGGAGCAGAUUCACGUCGGUCGUCAUUUGAACUAUCAGGUUCCGUGGGUCAACUUUCUGUUGCUUAUAUAAUUGGAACUUAAACCUAAAACGUUAUACAUAAUUAUUCGUUUUGUAAAUUAUAAUAUAUUUGCUUUG